GGCGAAGGGGCUCCUUCCCCAGAUUUCCCACGACAGGUGUUUCCUCGAGUCUGUCUGUCUGCCUGUCAGUCUGUCGGCCACGGUGGAUCUUGCUUCUUACCUUACCUACCUGACUUACCUGAACUCUUCGGAUGCUGCAUUUGAGGCGUUUGUUCCCCCAUCUCGUGCUUCGUUCCUUGUGCUCCUUAUCACCGCCGCCGGGUAAGCACUUAUCUGGCCUUCCUUCCUUCGCAUCUCCUACGAAUCCUCGUGAGAUCAACGGCCGUCGGCACUCGAUUGUUUCUGUUUCACAUGCACUGCAUUCUCCAGCGCGCAACCAACCUCGAAAAAGCUUCGCAUUGAGUAGAGAUCACAUCUGCCCGUAUCUGCCCGGCCCCCAUUGGUGACGGCGCAUUGGCGGCAUCUGGAGAGUUGGACCUAUCGCAAGGGUGCAUUCAGACUUCAGACAAGAACCAUCUUGACCGCGCCGGCUUCUUGCAGCGUAGUAUCGCUCUCCCGAUCUGCUGUAACGACGAACCAUCCAAUAUUUCCUGCAGUAAUCACGCCUGCGGUACAGCACAAACACCCGGCAUCACCAGUUUAUGCAAUCUGUGCUUGCCGCAAGUCGGUUUCAGCCUGCCCAGAUUCCGUUUCUGGCCCCUUGUCGGACGGUGGCCACAAGCAAUCACAAGCCCUGCGGCUGUCCUUGCCCCAAGCCUAGCGACAGGGAAACACCACCACCACAAUCUGGAAUUCUGCCUUUGCAUGAAUCCACUGCCACGUACCUAAUCGGCAGUGUGCCUUCCCAUGAGCACGCGCGCUUUCGGUGCUCUGCAGACUCGCCAUCCACCGGCCGUCUCUGUCCUCCCACAACCCGCAUCUUUAGUCCAACACUAGGUUUCAGCGUCUCAGUCAACCGUCCCCUACCUCCAUCCCGAGGAUCACGCGUGGCAACCUCCAACUGACAAGCCUCCCCGGCUUGCGAUCUGCCGCUGUUGCUCAAGCAUUCCCGGCACUCUGGCUCCUGAGAGACUAGCCACAGGCCAGGACAUCGGUUGAAGCCCCGGGAAACAAGCUUUCCUGAGCGGACGGCGAAUCCCAACGCAGCUUCUUAUCUGGCAGCAUACUUUGGCGUUCUUGCGUGACGCUUCAUGUCCGUCUGGGAUUGACCGAGACUGGGAUCGACCGAACCGCAGCCUCUGAGCCGCACGUCGUACCAGUACCGUCAAGGCGAUAAUACUUGUUGGACAGCCAGACAUCCCCUAUAUAGCACCCACCCCUCUACUCACAUCCACCCCUGGGCCCGAUCAACUUGCCUCGCUCUCCCUGUUCUCGGCCCCUACAACAUGGGCCAACCAUAUAGUGACAAGCCGUCUGGUACGGCAUCAAAGUCAGAUAUGGCAGGAAGCGAUAGCAACUCGAGCUCAAAGGUUGAUGUGGUGGAGGUCAGUGGGAGGGAGGCGGAGGCAUCAGGGUCAACAUUCGACACCCCUCUGGGCCGUCGGAUGAGUCCUGUCGAUGACCUCAAGCACCGCCUCUCGCUAUGGGGUGAGUCUAACCUCCAACCAGAAGACAGUGACGAGGAAGGAUCAGAAUACGAACUUCUCUUAGAUCCCAACCUUCCCGAGGAGUAUACACGGCCGACAGUAGGCCUCCCCCGUGCCUCGUUGGCCUCGCAAUACUCCGACGAGGAGAAGAUCCCGAACCUCAACAAGGAGGGAGAAGAGGACUCGCCCUACCCCGAGGUCAGGGCUGCCGUCCGGAACUAUGAUGUUGACGCACCUUGCAACACCAUCCGUGCUUGGACAAUAGGGCUUAUUCUUGUCGUCGUUGGCGCCUCCAUGAAUACCUUGUUCUCUCUCCGAAACCCUGCCAUCGGACUCGGUGCCUUGAUUGCCCAGAUUAUUGCGUGGCCCAUGGGCCACGGAUGGGCCAAGGUCAUGCCUACUCGGAAAUUCAACACCUUCGGGCUGCGGUGGUCGCUGAACCCGGGACCUUUCAACGUCAAGGAGCACUCUAUCAUCGUGGUCAUGGCCAGCGUCUCGUUCUCCGUUGCCUAUGCGACUGAUAUCAUCCUUGCUCAGAAAGUGUUUUACAAACAGGAUUUCGGAAUACCCUGGCAGCUCAUGCUGACCAUCUCGACCCAGUCACUCGGGUAUGGCAUCGCUGGCAUCAUGAGGAAGUUCCUCGUCUACCCUGCGGCGAUGAUAUGGCCUGGAAACCUGGUCUCUGUGACAUUGAUGAAUGCCAUGUACGAGGGCAAUGAGAGUCCUGACCCCACCGUGCUUGGUGGAAAGAUGCCCCGUUAUAGGUGGUUCGCAUACGUUACCCUCGGCGCCUUCAUCUAUUAUUUCAUCCCUGGCUACCUGGCUCAGUUUCUAAGUACCUUUGCGUUCGCCACUUGGAUCGCCCCGCAGAACCCAGUCGUCAAUCAGCUCUUUGGCUACACGACUGGCUUGUCCCUGGUUCCCAUCACUUUCGACUGGUCCCAGAUCGCAGGUUUCGUCGGCUCACCUCUGAUCCCACCUUUCCACGCCAUUGCCAACACCCUCAUUGGCGUCGUCCUCUUCUUCAUAAUCGGAGCGUCAACCUUCCACUACACGGGUGUUUGGUUCGCCGAAUUCUUGCCCAUGAGCGACUCUUCCACCUACGACAACACGGGCUCGCCCUACAACACGUCCCGGAUCUUGACCAAGGACUUCACCCUGAAUCAACAGGCAUACGAGGAGUACUCGCCUCUCUUCAUCAGCACGACCUUCGCCAUGUCUUACGGCCUGUCUUUUGCUGCCAUCGCUUCCCUCAUCGUGUACACGUAUCUACACCACGGAAAGAUGAUUUGGAAUCAGUGGAAGAACUCCAAGACUGAGGACGAUGACAUCCACAUGAAGCUGAUGAGGAAGUAUCCCGAGGCUCCAACCUGGUGGUACAUGAGCUUGUUCGUCCUGAUGUUGGCCAUCGGCUUCGUGGCCGUGCUCGCGUUCCCCACAAACCUCACGUGGUGGGCGUUCUUGCUCGCUGUCGGCAUCUCCUUCUGCUUCUCUUUGCCCAUCGGAAUCAUCCAAGCCAUCACGAACAACCAAAUCGGCCUGAACGUCCUGACCGAAUUCGUGUUCGGCUACAUCCAGCCUGGACGCCCCCUUGCCCUCAUGAUUUUCAAAACAUUCGGUUAUAUCACAAUGAGUCAGGCGCUCAGUUUUGUGGGAGACUUGAAGUUUGGACAUUACAUGAAGAUCCCACCACGGACUAUGUUCAUGUCCCAGGUGGUGGCAACAACGUUCUCGUGUUUCAUCCAGAUCGCGGUCCUCAACUCUGCACUGACGGCCAUCCCGGAGGUCUGCACGACGACUCAGCGCGAACACUUUACCUGCCCAGGCGGCAAGGUCUUCUUUUCGGCCUCGGUCAUUUGGGGUCUUAUUGGGCCUGCCCGCAUAUUCUCGCCUGGCCAGAUCUACUCAGGCCUCUUCAUCUUCUUUGGCGUCGGUGCAAUCGUGCCUGUCAUCAUCUUUUUUGCCUCCAAGAAGUGGCCCAAGUCCCCUAUCAAGUACCUGAUGGCGCCGCUCAUCUUCGGUGGCGCGGGUAGUAUCCCGCCAGCCACGCCACUCAACUACCUGACAUGGGGCAUAGUGGGCUUCGUGUUCCAGUACUACAUCCGCAAGCGCUAUUUUGCCUGGUGGAGCCGCCUCAACUUCCUGACGUCCUCCGGUCUCGACCUCGGCCUCGCCCUCAGCACCCUCACCAUCUUCUUCGCAUUCACUCUGAAUAACAUCGACCCUCCCAACUGGUGGGGAAACAACGUCAUCACCACCACGAUGGACUUCACCGACACGGCUAUUCAGACCGUGCUCCCAGAAGGGCAGACAUUUGGCCCGGCGAAGUGGUCGUGAUGGAUGAAUCCUAGAUAGAAGCUCACUGUAUAUUUUUCUCUAUCCGGUGCACAUGGGGGCUCCCUCGCGGGAGCGGCAAGGAGUUUUGGGUAAUGGGUGGGUGCGCUUUCGUCUACAAGGUGUUUGGGUACACAUCAUGGUGUAUGAAGGUGGUUCACGGCGCCUGAUGGUAUGAGGUUCAAAUUAGUUUUCUUACCCUAAUACGAACUUAACGUCUCUGAAA